AUGGGUUCAUUCGUCCGACCAAGUUCUGAAAGGAUGACGAUACGUCCACUAGCUUUAAAGACAGCAUCUUUCUUCUCAUGUGACGAAAUCAUCCUCAUUGCUGCUUACUUUUUUUUGCCUAAUCAAGUCUCCGGAAAACUUCGUAACAAACCAACGACGAGACGUUUUUCUCACCUGCCGAAUAAAAUAAAUCUUUGCCUUCGUUCUCUCCUCCUCGCACUCUCUCUCCUCCUCCCACUCUCUUCCCGUCUUUCUUUCUUUUCUGGGUUUUUUUUUUUUAAAAUCACAUCACUUCACAAUCGCGUUAAUCCCCGUGUGAUUGACAAUCGCUUCCCUAACAGUUUUCUCUUCCUGUCACAGUUAAAUGCACGCCUCCCAUUUUUAUAUUUCCUUCCAUCGUACCGUAGGAACAUCCUAUCUAUCUAUCUAUCUAUCUAUCUAUCUAUCUAUCUAUCUAUCUAUGUCUUUUUAUAUCAAAAUAAUUCAUAUCUAUCUAUUUUUAUAUCGGUAAUAAUUCAUCUAUCUAUCUAUCUAUCUAUCUAUCUAUUUUUUUAUAUCGAAAAUAAUUCAUAUCUAUCUAUUUUUAUAUCCCGAAUAAUUCAUUAUCUAUCUAUCUAUCUAUCUAUCUAUCUAUCUAUCUAUCCCAUUCUGUUCAUAUCUAUCUAUCUAUCUAUCUAUCUAUCUAUCUAUCUAUCUGUCUGUCUGUCUGUUUUUUUAUAUCGAAAAUAA